UGGACAUUUCCUUUUGGCAGCUCCGGGGCCCCCAGAGGAGAGCCACAAAGCCGUGGCACGUGUGCAUUUGUAUAGGGGCCCAUCAGACCGUAAAAAGAGGAGGGUCCCGGCGUGUGCCUCUGUCGGGGAGGGGCUAAGCGCACACAUUAAUGUAAUAAACCGCCAGUACAUCUGCUAAGCUAUCUGCACAUCCUCCAACGAAAUCCACCAAACCCAGGCUCUGAGCCCUCCCACAAUCAAAUCCACUGGGAUCUAGGUUUCAUCCGAUUGGUCGGGGAUGCUGCAACAGGGGGGGCGAGAACAAUAGCAUCAUUCCGGCAUAAAAAGAGUGGAGCUAUGCCUUGGAGACGAAAACAUUUCAGCAACAGAAGAAUCGAUAUACUGGGGAGAUAAAGUCCCACAAGCUUCUAGUGUUGCCAUAUUUUUAACAAACCUGGAUACUCGAGACUUCACCCACCUCCCCGAAGUGCCUUUCUGCUGUAACUCGCCAAGAUGCCCAAAGGAUUCCUGGUAAAAAGAAACAAGAAAUCUGCACAUGUUUCCUACAGGACUCGGACAGACGAAGAUGACCUCCAGGAGCCUCCCACCCCAGCUGCCUUGCCGAGUUAUGUGGACCCCUCCCCGCCGAUGUCCGUGGCGUCCAGUCCAGACCGCGCCGCAGCAUCGCCGGAUUUCACAGCAGCUGAGGCGCCGGUGCAAAGACUGGAGAAGCCGGUGCAGUUCGGCAACCCAGAGGCGGUGUGCCAAGCGCUUUACAGCCCCACCCGGCCCAUCAGCAAGGAGCACGAGAGGGGAUAUUUUGAGCGAAGUUUCAAUCUGGGCUCGCCUAUUUCUGCCGAGUCAUUCCCGACACCUGCCUCCCUCUCCGGCCUGGACCACCUCCUGUACGCCCCGGUCGACCUGAAAAUCGGCACCAGCAACAGCAGCCGUAGCGGCACCAGCACCAGCAGCCUCCCGGCGCCGAGCAACCGGGUCGGCACCAAGAGACCCGCAGCUGACGGUACAGAGCGCAAAUCUAAACCCGCCUCCAAGAAACCCAAAGCCAUUAGAAAACUCAACUUUGAAGACGAGAUGACGACUUCUCCCGUGCUUGGUCUCAAAAUCAAAGAGGGGCCGGUGGAGAUGAAGCCGAGGGCGCAGUCCUCCGGAGGAAACAAGCCUCUGGGGGAGUUUGUGUGUCAGCUGUGCAAGGAGGCGUACGCGGAUCCCUUCUCACUGGCUCAGCACAAGUGCUCCCGUAUCGUCAGGGUCGAGUACCGGUGUCCCGAGUGCGAUAAGAUGUUCAGCUGCCCGGCAAACCUCGCCUCUCAUCGCCGCUGGCACAAACCCCGGACCACCGGCGCACCGGCGCUGCCACAGGGACAGGGCAUCAAACCUGAAAUGGCCAAAAUGCCACCGCUAGGUGUCAAGUCAGUCUCCGACGAAGCCAAAGACAUGAGUGACAGAGACACCCCGAGUCCAGGUCUGUCCGAGUCGGGCUCUGAAGAUGGCUCAUAUGACUGCCAGUACUGCGGGAAGAGGUUUAAGCGACAGGCAUACCUAAGAAAACACAUCAUGGCACACCAGGCCUUGCAAAAGAAAGUGCUGGAGGAGCACGGGUUUCAAACCGGCGACCGCCCGGCAGAGCAGGCUCCGGUCUUACCCCCCUCCUCCUCCUCCUCUUCAGCAUCAUCAUCCUCAGAGGAAGCCUCAAACCAAAGCCCUCUCAAUCUGAGCCCGGUGGACUGCCUGCUGUGCCCGGUGUGCGGGGAGAGUUUCACCAGCAGGGCCGGCCAGGAGAGACACCUGCGCCUCAUGCACUCCUCCCAGAUUUACCCGUGCAAAUACUGCCCCGCCACUCUCUACAGCUCGCCGGGGCUCACCAGGCACAUAAACAAGUGCCACCCCUCGGAGAACAGGCAGGUGAUCCUGCUCCAAAUGCCGGUGCGCCCCGCCUGCUAAAGACAACACUAAACUCGUGCCUUUGAGGAGAGGGGAAAUUUAAAAAAAGAAAAAAAAGUGAAACAAAAAAGUGGCUUUGGGGUUAAAAAAAAAAAGAGUUUGUGAUGCUCACUGCCAUAACUUUAGGCCAAUGACAGACAGGGCGGUUUGAUGUUUAAGUGGUGUCUUUUCCAUGCCAAUCAGUGAUUGUUGAAUGCUUCUCUCUAUAUUUGAAUUACAUAUAGGCCUAUUUUGAGAUUUUCUUUCUCAAAUUAGUUUAUCAAGAAUAAAAAAAAUACAAAGCGUUAGUUUGAUUGUUAAAGGGUAUUUUUCUAGGACAGCACAUGUGUUCAAUGAUAGCUUCUAGACCUAAGAAAUGUCUUAAAAUUCUCAGAAAGUCCUUUUCCCCAUCAAAGCCUUUUUGGAUUCACCGACCGUGAUUGCUCUAUCACUGUAGCUUUACGCUAGUUUGUGAACGACAGAACUUUGUAUUGGUGGGAAAAAAGAGUGACUGAAGCAUUCCCUGUUUAGUAGAACCACAAAUGCCUUUAGUAUACAGAUAAGCCUAGUCCGACAUAGCCUACAUACACACCCAAAUCCCGCUGUAUAACUGCCUUAAAAAAAGUCAACAUAGACUGUUUUAAUUUUGAAUGCUGGCACAUAUUUUAUUAUUAUUAUUAUUAUUAUUGAAGAUUGUUGCAAUAUUUUUCAUCAUGUUUAUUUAUUUAUUUAUUCGAAUUAUUUUAUGUAACUUAUUGUUGUGUUUGUUGUGAUUUCCUCUGUGAAUCGUUCUGGCAGUUUACAUGUCGUAUAGCCAAAAUGUUUUUGUUUUGUUUUUCUUUUUUUUGUGUCAAAUUCAUGAGUUGUGAUAAAUGUCGUGGGUCGGGUUUUAAUCUUCAAUCUCCACAGCUCUUGUAAAAAGAUUUAAAAAAACAAAACGUAAAGCUCUUACCUUAGAUGCAAUCUUUUUUAAGGACAAGUUAUUUUUCUUAAAUGUUGGCUUUUAUAGCGCUUUGAUUGUAUGUGUAUAUCGUUGUUGUCUAUCGAAAUAAAAUAUUUUCAAAAGGACACGUGUCUCCAAGUGGUUUAACUUUUUCUUAUAGAGUGAAAAAAGUACUAAUGAAUUUCAUUUUUCAGCGAAAAUCACCACAUUUCUAAAGGAAGUUUUGUGUUAGUGACAUGAAUGAGUUUAGUUUUCAAAUAA